AUGUGCAUGCUGGGGCUGGGGCAGGAGGGACUGUGUUGCCAUAAGGACUGGAAGCCAGUGUCUGCAGACCCUGCCGUGUUGGCCACUUUGAAGGGUCAAAACAGCUCCCGCAUUCUUGGGUCCCGAACGCAAUGCUGGAGCUGGGCUUCUGCAAAGGACUGGACUUUCAUAGCCUGCUACACUCCUCUUACGGGUUUGUCGGGGAACUGCACCUUGUGGGAUGACAAGCCCAUCAGAAAUGGGCAGGUGAACCUGACGGUCUCAACAGGAUCAAACAACUGCAUGACUGUCUUCGGGACUGACGCUUGUGUCGUGCCGGGAAAUUCCCUCCUGAAGGUCGGAGACACGCGAGCCAACCCGUUCUGCACGAACCUGCAGGACGUGUGUCUGCCCAGUGGCAUGAUGGACGUGAAUAAACCAGUCGCGCCUCUUCGGAACUGCACUCCCCCUUUCACUGUCUCUGGUGGCAUGUGUCUCAUGGUUUCCACGGCGAAUAAGAAAACCUGGUGCGACGCGCGUGCAUACUGCCUGUCGCUGGGAGCAGACCUCGCCACCGCGCGCUCCGACCAAGACUUCGCACAAAUGCAAACGCUCUGGAAGUCAUACGGAAUGCCAAGUGAGUUUCUGUGGGUUGGCAGCUACAAGACCGCUGAUGGACAGUGGGUGUGGCUCAACAGCUACAGGAACCCGUACACUAUGCCAGACUGGUACCCUGGAGAGCCUGGCGGCGACUCCUGCGGUCAUCUCUACACCUCUGAUGCCAAGUUAGCGGAUGUGGCCUGUUCGUGGACACUUUACUUCAUGUGUGGAGCUUCAUCAGCUCUGUAACAUGGGCCUGUGAAGUUGAUCAAGCGGUUUUCACCAUAGAUCGUGAGCCGUAUACCAUAAAGUAACCUCGUUCUGCAGCACACUGAACUGAUGAAAAUGUACUGAUAAAACGAAAAUAACGCAAUUCAUCUUCUCUUCAUGAAGGCACUUGACGCUUGCAGAAGAUAGUGCACAAGCUCUUUCUUCCAUUUUGGCAACUGAAUUGUUCUUGCCAACACAGAUGUUUAAAAAUAAAUUCACAAUCUUGAUCGACAAUGAUUUUUAAAUAAAAACUGGGCCUAUCAUGAUAGUAAUAAUUUUACAUAUAUUGUUUACUUUCAAGGUAUAUUUACCGUUUAAAUACUACUGUAAGCACAAGUAAAAGAAGAUUAAGAUCAUCGGAGAAUCUUCAGCGUUAUACUGGCGAAGUUAACACUUUCGUCGCCCUGUUAUAACUAAUCGGUAAACAACCAAGGUCGCACGUUUUUUACCUUACCGCAGGUUUCUGCCGCAGCUAAGACGUGUGUGAUGGCUUUUAAAAGCGAAACGAUCUUCUAUCGCUGAUCCUCGCGGUUCUGUAGGAGAGACAUUUUAUUGUCAAUGUAACCUUAUUAUAUUACUAAUAUAAAACUUAAUUAACCUAUAUUAGCUAUUAAAACUUAUAAUAGGUAGCAUCAAAACCUCUGUGAAUUCUGAAUCCGAACAAAAGAAUUGAGCUUCGUUUCGGAUUAAUAAUGAGGCUGGAGAAUUUCAGAAUAAUCACGUGUCAUUUAUAUUACUGGGAUGAUAUUUCUAGUAUCCCCGAAAUGUUUGCUUUCAUUCGGGGUAUCUAAACAAAUAAAUUAAAUACAGCAUUGAUAGUACAGUAGGUAUACGGCAUUGAUAGUGCAGCGGAACUGUACCUAACAAUCAAGAGGCCAGCAAAUACAAUAUUGAUAGUUCAUUUGAGGUGACUAAGUUUUUGACGUGACCUCGCGUGACAAGAAAAUGUUCUGCUGACAACUGAACAAAUAGUCAAGUUGAUCACCUCGCUCUCGUAUGCAGCGGAACUGUACCUAACAAUCAAGAAGCUAGUGAACUUAAGGCUGGAGGCUAAGACGAAGCUUCUCAUGUGGAGGGAGAAUUAUUGCAAUUUUUUUUCUCCCUAUUCUUCAGUUCAUGUAGAUGAAGAACUUCUUUGUCCUAUCACAAGUUAUUUUCAAGGUCUACGAAAAAAGCAGGAAUCAAGAUGCUCCGCCACGCGAUUUCUGUUAUUUUAAUUUCACUCUCAGAAUGUCAAUCUACAUAAGUUUUGCUAUAAUGCCCUACAGCUUAAGAAAUGCAUUGAUCACACCCUUGGCGCGUGUUGGGCACCUUAGUGCGUGUAGAACUAUUACUCGGUAAUCUUUUUCACCGUGUCCACUUUAUAGUUUAGAAAAUGAGUCACGCAGGGCUUAUUGGAGUUUAAAUUAAUUUUUUUGUGACUGACGGACAUGCUAGGAUUUUAAACUCUAAAUACAAUAGCCUAAGAUAUUUAACCCUUCAAUAAAACGUAGGUGUUUUUAUUAUAUUAUUUAUUUCAACGUAUGUUAUUACUGCGGGUUUAUCAGCAAUGCGAAUUACUAUUUUGUGCAGAAUUACGUACUCUUAGCAAAAGCUGGAGAAACAAGCGCGGAAAAGUUAAAUAAAUCUCACAUAGACAGUCAAUUUUCUAAAAAUUAGUCUAGUAUACAUAUGCUAUGAAAUCAAAUACAUAUAAAAUAUGAAUACGAGUUAGCAUAAGAUCCGUAAAUAGAGUCAAUCAUUCCAUAUUUCCAAGAUCACAGAGGGAAUAGGAAAACUUUCAAAAUGCAAAUCAUAUGUAUUCACAAUAAUGAAUUCAUGGAUCUUGUGUAUACACUUUAUAGCGUUAAUUUGCAUAUUAAUUCAUUGUUUGUACUUUAUUUUCGUAUGACGAAAACAUAUACUCAGUUAAUAAAUUCAGAUUCGAUAAGAAACUUUCUGUAGAUUGAGUUGCCGUUAAUCAGAAAGAUUUUAAGGAGAAAUUUCUAAAUUUGUGCAUCUAUACAUGUAUUUGAACUGUAGGUUAACUUUUGAAAAAGUUAAUCUCG